UCUUGAACAUCUGGAGUGUCUUGUUUCUCGUCAUGAGAGAUCGCUGAGAAUGACAGUCCUAAAGAGACAAGCCCAGUCCCCAGCUGGUGUAUCCUCAGAGGUAGAAGUUCUAAAAGCUUUGAAGUCCCUCUUUGAACAUCACAAAGCAUUGGAUGAAAAAGUACGUGAAAAAUUACGAGUGGCACUAGAAAGAGCAGUGACACUAGAAGAGGAAUUAGCAAAAGCCAAUGAAGAGUUGGUCCAAUAUAAACACAAGUUCAUCUUGGGAGAGUUUCAGGGAGAGAAGAAAAAUGGAGAAGAAGAACCAAAUGGUGCUUCACAAAUAUUAAAAGUAUCAAAUGGAUCAGCAGAGGUGGCAGCAGAAGCAGCAAAAGUGGUGGAAUUGCAACAUACAAUAGAAAAGCAGAACACAGAACUAAGCCUAGCAAGAGGCAGAUUAGCAGAACUCGGAGGUAAACUCAGGGAAUAUGAAGAGGCUGUUGUUAUAUCAAAGAGAGAUCUAGUAAGGUUACAAGAGGAAAAUUCCAGACUAUCUCAAGACCUAAAAGAGAACAAUGCUCAAAAGCAUGAUCAAGAAGAAAGAAUAGCGACAUUGGAGAAGAGAUACCUUAAUGGUCAGCGAGAAUCAACUUCCUUGCAUGACCUGAAUGAGAAACUAGAAGAAGAGUUGACUAAUAAAGAAGCACAGCUUAAACUUAGCACAGAAAAGAUUCUUGCAUUGCAAGAAAGAUUAGAAUUAUUAGAACAGAAGCUCGGCCAAUUCUCUAAGAAAACUGAUGGUACAAAAGAUAUGGAGCGAGUGGAGGCUGUAUCUCAGCAGACACAAGAGAGGCAUGUGAGUAUAGAAGAUCAAAUACAAAAACUGGAACAAGAGCUUGAAGAAAAAAAUGCGGAACUUAACAAAUAUCGACAGAGAGAAAAAAUGAAUGAAGAUCAUAACCAGCGGCUUUCAGCAACAGUUGACAAGCUGUUGGCAGAAUCCAAUGAAAGGCUUCAGCUUCACCUUAAGGAACGAAUGCAUGCAUUGGAGGAGAAAAACAACUUGUCCCAGCAGCUUGGCCAUACACAGAAAGUUCUGGAAGAAACCAGGGGUGAAAAGGAUAAAAUUUUGCAAGAGUUGGGAAAACUGAGAGCUGAAAUGGAUGGACUUCGACAGGACUUUAGUAAUUACAGAACUGAAAGCUUAGGAAGGACACACAGAGGCCGACAGCAGUCCGUGGAGGAAGAUCUGUCGAAAGUUCAAACUCUUAAUGAACAGGAAUGGGAAAAGAUGGAACAAGCCAAUGUCAUAGCUAAUGUUCAACAAGCUUUUGAUGUUAGUGACACAGAAUCAGGCCAAGCAGAUGAAACAGAAGGUAUUUUAAAUGCUAUGGACAUGUUGUCUCCUUCUGGUCAAACAGAUGCCCAGACUCUUGCUCUGAUGCUUCAGGAACAGCUAGAUGCUAUCAAUAAUGAAAUCAGACUUAUUCAGGAAGAAAAACAAAACACAGAACAAAGAGCUGAGGAACUGGAGUCUCGAUUUGGUAGUCUGGAAACUGUGGGUCUUAUGGCACAUGGUCGUGCUUUAGAGCGACCAUCUUCUCCUCACAGUGGUCGAUCAACUCCCAAAUCCCAUCAAAGUCCUCAAAAAGAUUACUUACAGAAGUACCAUACAGCCCCAGCCUCCUUGACCCCAGUCCACUUGUACCAGUAUGCCUCCACCAGCCAACCCCAGCUUGGUGAAUCUCUUCUCACUUCUCAGACUCCAGGACAUAUAGAAUCCAAAGAUGACAGCCGACUUUUACGACGAGAUUCCAGCCCACCUACUCCACGAUCCUUGAGGCUUGACCGAGUUGCACAAGCAUUAGCACAAAGUAGCGAAGAGCUCAGGAGAGAAAACACUUUUAACACAAGCUUGCAUCCCAUAACUUCUGCUGUUAUCACAACAACUAUUACUACGACUACAGCAUCCAUACCAACUUACAUGACAACAGCUCCACAGGAUUUUUACAUGAGUAGAGACACAUGUUUCACUCAUAUACCACUGAUGGAUGGUGGUUUACUGAAUUCUACCUCCCCCUUCAGUUCCACCCAUUCUUCUCAAGAUUCACUGCACAAAACACCACCAAAGAAGAAAGGUUUCAAGUCAUCUCUUGGCAGGUUGUUUAGCAAGAAGGAGAAGGUGAAGACAAAAGAAGUUUACAGUAAAGAACUUAUCCAACAGGGACCCACACAACAGGAAAACGAAGUAAUUACUAGUGAUUCACUGAGCUUAACAAGUGGAGGUUUGGGACAAAAAGCUGACUUUGACAGGCGCACAAAAAAGAAGCACGAAUUACUGGCAGAGUCUAUGAAAGCUGGAACACCAUUUGCUCUGUGGAAUGGUCCUACUGUUGUAGCCUGGUUGGAGCUCUGGGUGGGAAUGCCAGCCUGGUAUGUUGCAGCUUGUCGAGCAAAUGUCAAAAGCGGUGCUAUCAUGUCUGCUUUGUCUGAUACUGAAAUCCAGCGAGAAAUAGGCAUUAGCAAUCCUCUUCAUCGUUUGAAACUUCGUCUAGCUAUACAGGAGAUGGUUGCUCUUACUAGUCCUUCUUCACCCAAGCCUACCCGGACUAGUUUAGUAUUUGGUGAAAUGAACCAUGAAUGGAUAGGAAAUGAAUGGCUUCCUAGCCUUGGUUUACCUCAGUACCGGUCAACAUUUAUGGAGUGUCUUGUGGAUGCCCGUAUGUUGGAACAUCUUACCAAGAAAGACUUGAGAAUUCAUCUCAAAAUGGUUGAUAGUUUUCACAGAACUAGUCUUCAGUAUGGAAUAAAUUGCUUAAAACGAUUGAAUUAUGAUAGAGAAUUGCUAGAAGAAAGAAGAAGGAAUAGUGAGCAUGAAAUAAAAGGCAUCUCAGAUGUCAUGGUUUGGGCUAAUGAACGGGUAAUAAAAUGGAUCAACUCUAUAGGCCUCAAAGAAUAUUCUAAUAAUCUUCUAGAAUCUGGAGUACAUGGAACACUUAUAGCAUUAGAUGAAAGUUUUGACCACAAUGCUAUGGCAUUAGCUCUUCAAAUUCCUACUCCUAAUACUCAA